CUCUGAUGCCAGCUCUCAAAAUGUUUGCUCUGCGUACAUAUAUUCUUAUAUCCUGCAUAUCAUGUGUAUCUAUGAUCCCCAGUGUUUUUCAGCCGAACGUCUCAAUCACAGCACCAGUCGGUGGUUCGGUCAUCCUUGAAUGCCACACCACUGCUGAUCUGGUUGUGGCCUGGUUUUGGCUGAAACAAUUCCCAGGAGAAAAGUUAAACCCUAUAGUUUUCACAUAUUACCAGAAGAUAAAUCUUCAAGAAGAAUUUCUCAAUGAAUCACAACUUAAAUUCAAAUUCAGUGACAAUAAAUCUGCAUUAAUAUUCACCAAGAUUACCUCCAGAGAUGCCGCCUAUUACCAUUGUGGUGUGCUACUGUAUGAGAAGCUCUACUUUGGAGGGGGAACUUAUCUGACAGUUAAUGAUGCAAAGCCAGUUAAAGUCAUUCAGCAUCCCGUUUUGGACUCACAUCAUGUAGGGGACUCAGUGACUCUUCAUUGUUCAAUCUUUGGUGAGAGUUGUUCAGGAGGACAGAGUGUGUACUGGCUUAGAUACAAACCAGGAGAGGCCAAUUCAGGAUUCAUUUACACUGAUGGAGACAGAAAAGAUCAAUGUGAGAAGACCUCUAUGACUGGAUCAACUGUACAGAGCUGUGUGCACAAAGUCCCCAAAAACCUCACCAGUGAUGAAACAUACUUUUGCAGUGUGGUCACAUGUGGAAAGCUAAUCAUUGGAAAUGGAACUAAAUUGAUGGUAGCUGAUGCUGCUCCCCAGAAAACAAUGGCCUAUAUCAUCACACUGCUCUCUGCUGUAUUAGUGAUAUCAGUGAUAGUGAAUAUAAUCAUGGUGCUGUUAUGGAGAAGAGCUACAAACAGAGGUGUUGACCAUGUACAGUCUACAGCCCAGACUGCAGACAUAGACUCUGAAAAUUACGCAUCGCUGAAGUUCUCUUCACACCAGCCUACACAAAAAAUGAAAAGCCGCAAAGAGGCAACCUCUGUUGUCUAUGCGUCUGUUCGUCAAACAAGAAGCAUAAAACAAUGAUUUCCUCAUUCUUAAUGCUUGUCAUUUUUUAAGUGUGCAUAAGAUUGACUUCAGAGAACAGUUUUUUUUUGUCUGUAAAGAUUUUAAAUGAAGGCCAUAUCAUGUGGUCUUACAUGAACACUGGAGCAUUCAGCUGCAAGACAGAGUUCUGUUUUUUUUUUGAUCUUAGUGUGGUUUACAGUUGACGUGAUGUGAUGAAGAAGAGAUGUCUGUUACUGUCUUUUUUAUGUUGUUGUCUUAAAGGG